AGGGCCCCCGGGGCAGCUGGGGUCCCCCGGGGCAGCGUGCGGCCCUGCGGCCCGGCCGCGUUGCCCCCCCCGUGUCAGCAGCCCUCUCCCGGCACUGGCGCCGUUCCGCGCCUGGAGCCCCCCGGGGCGGCAGCGGGGAUUAUGCUCCCUGCCGUCCUGCGUAAUUCCCGUCUGGGAAUGGUCCCCGGCGCCGUCGGGGGCUGCCGCUGAGCCUUCGCGUUAAAUCCCCCUGGCGCGGCCUGGCUCGCUCCGUAGGUGGUUUUCAACACCGCCACCCCCGGGAGAUGGGUGCUGGCAUGCUGUGGAGAUGCCUUCUUUUUCACACUUGAAUGGCAGAAAGCCUCGUAAAAACGUUUAAAUGCUGUGGAAAUGCAGCUUUGAGAACAGCCCGUAGGAAAUCAGGGAGUUAAAUUUUUAAGGAUGAAUCAUUGCAAAAGCAGAGGUCGGAGAAAUCUACUUGAGCGUCUCCGAGUCUGAACGGUCUGGUGGCUGUGUGGCUGCGUCAGGAUGGAGUCUGCUCGACCUGCCUGGGAAUCGGAUGUUCAGAGCCACACGGAUCUGCAUGAACGAUUGCAGCGUGUGCAAAGGGCUGAAGCAAUGAAAUGGCAGUGAAACGUGUUUCAGAGGCUAACGUGACUCUUAGGGAAAAUCGUGUUUCUUCACAGACUUCUUUUGUACAAAAAAUGGAAAUUGCCACUCCUCCAACAUCUAAGUGUAUUAUAUACUGGAAAAGAAAAGUCAAGUCUGAAUAUAUGCGUCUUCGGCAGCUCAAGAGGUUUCAGGCAAAUAUGGGAGCCAAGGCUCUAUUUGUGGCCAAUUUUGCAAAGGUUCAUGAAAAAACUCAAAUUCUGAAUGAAGACUGGAAGAAGCUUCGAGUUCAGCCAGUGCAGUUAAUGAAGCCCGUCAGUGGACACCCUUUCCUAAAACAGUGCACUGUUGAGAGCAUUUUUCCUGGAUUUCCAAGUCAAACACUGUACAUGAGAACUCUGAACACAGUGGCAUUGGUGCCCAUUAUGUAUUCCUGGUCCCCUCUUCAGCAGAAUUUCAUGGUGGAGGAUGAAACUGUUCUGUGCAAUAUCCCUUACAUGGGAGAUGAGGUGAAGGAAGAAGAUGAAACCUUCAUUGAAGAACUUAUUAAUAACUAUGAUGGGAAAGUUCAUGGAGAGGAAGAAAUGAUUUCAGGGUCAGUGCUCAUCAGCGAUGCUGUAUUCCUGGAGUUAGUGAAUGCCCUGAAUCAGUACUCGGACGAGGAAGAGGAAGGACACAACGAUUCUGAGGUUAAACAAGAGGACGGGAAAGAGGAGCUGCCAGUCACAAGGAAAAGAAAACGAAUUGCAGUGGAAGGUAACAAAAAGUGUUCAAAGAAGCGGUUUCCAAAUGACAUGAUCUUCACUGCUAUUUCUUCUAUGUUUCCUGAAUAUGGCUUCCCAGAUGAUAUGAAAGAGAGGUACCGAGAACUUACAGAAGUCUCUGAUCCCAACGUGCUGCCCCCGCAGUGCACUCCCAACAUAGAUGGGCCAUGUGCAAAGUCCGUCCAGCGGGAGCAGUCCCUGCACUCCUUCCACACGCUCUUCUGCAGGCGCUGCUUCAAAUAUGACUGUUUUCUGCAUCCUUUUCAUGCUACUCCUAAUGUGUACAAACGAAAGAACAGAGAGACCAAGAUUGAACCAGAUCCUUGCGGAGCAGACUGUUUCCUCUGGCUGGAAGGAGCCAAGGAGUUUGCUGCGCUGCACAAUCCCAGGUCCAAGUGCUCAGGCAGGCGACGCCGGAGGCACCAUGUGGUCAGUGCUUCCUGCUCAAACACCCCAGCUUCCACAGUCGCUGAGACAAGGGAGGGAGACAGCGACAGAGACACGGGCAAUGAGUGGGCCUCUAGUUCCUCGGAGGCGAACUCCCGCUGCCAGACCCCCACCAAGCAGAAGCUCAGCCCUGCUUCGUCCCAGCUGUUUGCAGUAGAAACACCACAGGAGCCUGUCGAGUGGACGGGAGCUGAGGAGUCGCUCUUCCGCGUGUUCCAUGGGACCUACUUCAACAACUUCUGUUCGAUUGCCAGGCUGCUGGGAACAAAGACGUGCAAGCAGGUCUUUCAGUUUGCAGUGAAAGAAUCACUUAUAACAAAACUGCCAACAAACGAAUUAAUGAAUCCAUCCCAGAAGAAGAAAAGGAAGCACAGGCUGUGGGCUGCACACUGCAGGAAGAUUCAGCUGAAGAAAGAUAAUUCACCUACCCAGGUGUACAACUACCAGCCCUGUGACCACCCUGAACAUCCCUGUGACAGCUCCUGUCCUUGCAUUAUGACUCAGAAUUUCUGUGAGAAGUUCUGCCAGUGCAACCCUGACUGUCAGAACCGCUUUCCAGGCUGCCGCUGCAAAACCCAGUGUAACACCAAGCAGUGCCCGUGCUACCUGGCAGUGCGGGAGUGUGACCCCGACCUCUGCCUGACCUGCGGGGCUUCAGAGCACUGGGACUGCAAGGUGGUCUCCUGCAAGAACUGCAGCAUCCAGCGAGGUCUCAAAAAGCAUUUGUUGCUGGCACCAUCUGAUGUUGCUGGCUGGGGGACGUUCAUCAAAGAAUCUGUGCAGAAGAAUGAAUUUAUCUCUGAAUACUGUGGUGAGCUUAUUUCACAGGAUGAGGCUGACCGGCGAGGAAAGGUCUAUGACAAGUACAUGUCAAGCUUCCUCUUCAACCUCAACAAUGAUUUUGUUGUUGAUGCCACACGCAAAGGAAAUAAAAUCCGCUUUGCCAACCACUCUGUGAACCCCAAUUGCUAUGCCAAAGUUGUGAUGGUGAAUGGAGACCAUCGGAUAGGAAUCUUUGCCAAGAGAGCUAUCCAGGCAGGAGAGGAGCUCUUCUUUGACUACAGGUACAGCCAGGCAGAUGCCCUGAAGUAUGUUGGCAUAGAGAGGGAGACGGAUAUCAUCUAGGCCCCAUGCUGGGCAGUCCCCAGCACCCUUUGCUGCUGCACCUUGUAAGCAAUGCCAUGUUUGCUUCACGCUCACAUGACUGCUGCCAGUGUUCCCGUUGCUGUGUGUGUCACAAGUGCUACAUUCCAUCCUGACGCCCGGAGAGAGACGCUCGGGGAAGGAGCCUGAGGUGGCUGCUGCCAGGGGUUGGCAGUUCUGCCCGGCCCUGGGAUGGGGCAGGCUCCAGAGCCUGACGCUGUUGGUGGUCUCCAGGGCUGGAGGGAGCCCAUGGACCAAGGCAGCUGGGGCUGGAAGGAAAGCUGUGGUGCUGGAGGAGGAUCAGCGAGGAGUUCUCAGAGUCUCUUUCCCUUUUCCACCGGCUGCUGGAAGAACAAGAGCGAGCGAGGUACCACCUGCACCGAGACGCAGAGGGCCUGAGCCGGGCCAUCUGGCGCAGCCGGGGAUGGGGGCAGGGAGGGGCCGGUGGUGUUCCUCUGCAGCCCUCUCCCCUGGGGUGAGGUCUGGGCUUCCUCUUGCUGCCUUUUUUUGUCCCACUGGUUAGGACACAGAGACAUGGUUGGAAACUGUAGAGACUUGGCCCCACACCUGCACGUGUGGCUGCAGCAGUGCCUGGGCCCCACAGCUGCUGUCAGUGAGGCUCUUUUUCCCCCCAUCCCAGCUGGCUGGAGGACAGAGACUGCCUGUACAGCCUGUGGGGCGUCAUCCACCCGGAUGGGGAGAGCAGCACUAUGCAAAAAGUCACUUUUGGUAGGGAAGCCACUGAGCUGAUCAGAGACAAAGAAUAUUGUAUGGGGGUUGCUGCGAGCACAGGAGGAAUGGACAGAAAGCGUGACCCCGUGUGAGCGAGGAAGCCCGUCAGCCUGCUGCCUUUCUCUGGCCAGGCUGUGGGGCGGUCGCUUGGGUUGUGCCUGUCGCCGGCUGUUCUGCUCACUGGGCCGCCUGGGACUGGUGCGCUGGUGGUUCUGCUGGGCAGCCUUUGGGCUGUGGGCAGAGACUGCCUUUCCCUGGAUGGGGCUGCAUCCAGACUGGGAGACAGGCCUUUGCCACUGGGAGCCCAGGACCUUCCUGAGGGACGCUGGCGCUUUGUUUCGCCUCGGGCACUUCAGGAGCCGGCAGAGUUGAUCUCCUUGGGGUGACAGCCUUUCCUGUGGCACAGAAUUUCUUGAAUGCUGCUUUGUUGAGUUUUGAACAGGGCGUGAUAGACCUGUUGUCACCACGUGCAGUGACCCAGGGGGAGGCUCCUCAGAAAGCUGUCCAGAGGUUUCUGGCACAUCAGUCCCGUCCCUGGCUCCUGGGGAUGAAGGGGAAAUGUUCUCUGUCGAGGUGAGGUUUGGCCUUAGCAUCCCAUGCAAAGAAAAAAAAAAAAGCACUUUAAACUAAGCCUUCUCAGCCAUGCAGUUGGGCCCCCUGCGCCUCCCAGGCUGCUCUCAGGUUGGAGGGGCCACGUCCCAGACUCUGCUUGUGUUUCAGUGGCGUCUUUGCAGGGCUGUUUCUCCAGGCCUGGGACGGGGGCAGUUGGGAUGGAGGGUGGUGCAGGGCCCCGGGCGGCCUGGAAGGCUGGCGCUGGCCCGCAGGAGCAGGCAGUGUCCUCCUCUAUGCGCGCGAGCACGCUGCGAGCCUGCGGAGGGACCUGCCGCCCAGCCUGGUGCUGGGUUGGGGGACAGAGGCUGUCCCCCCAGGCAAGGUCUCGCUGCAGCCCUGCAGCCGUCCAGGGUAGCGUGAGAGCCUGCCGGUACGGGAGUCCGAGGUCUGGGGUUGGACCCCGUGACAGCAACAAAGUGGCUCUGGGGGAGAUCUGAGCCUUGACGUGGUGCUGAGACGCCCCGGAGAAGGGGAUGCGUUGCCUUUCUCCCACGUGGGUCGAGCCCGGUUCCCUGCCGGCUGCGGGCUCAGCAGCUCUGGGGCGGACAGCGUUGGCCCGGGCACCACACGGGCCGAGCGCACGCCUGGAGGGCAGCAGGGCUGCGCGGCUCGGGCCCGUUUGGGGAACAGCAGUGCUCCGUGCGGCAAGGCACAGCUGCCGCGUCCCAGAAGUGCAGCGAGGCUGCGAAUGCAGGGGAGGUCUGGGCUCCUGGGUCUGUGCCCGGGAGCAGAGCUGGUCCCUGGCGCAGGCCUGCUUUUAGCAUUGCUGCAUCUCUCAGAAACCCGCUGCAGGCAAGCGAGACCCGUCCUUCCUGCUGCGUCUGUCAUGCCUUGCUUGGGGCUCGCAGGGGUUUAGGUCCGUCUGGAGCAACGCUUGUGCCCAGCACCUGCCCGAGCCCUGCUCCUCUCGCCCCUCGUCCCUGCUUUCUGCUGCCUCCGUCCAUCUGGCUUGCCCCGGCCCUGCUGCCUGUUCAGCGUCCUCUGCCACCUUGGCCAUAUCUGCAGUACGCGAGGCUUGUGUCUGUGGUUUGUUGACGGUGAAUUAUAAUGCACUUUAAAAAUAACAUGGCUUGUAACCUUUGUCAUAAUAAAGUGGUAGCGAACUUC